AUGGGUAAAUCUCAAUCGAAGCUCUCCGCGGAGCAAAUCACCGAACUCCAGAAAUCUACUCACUUUGAUAAGAAGGAAUUGCAACAAUGGUAUAAAGGUUUCUUGAAGGACUGCCCUUCUGGGAUGCUCACUAAGGAGGAAUUCCAAAAGAUCUACCGACAAUUCUUUCCAUUCGGAGACCCAUCGUCAUUUGCCGACUACGUGUUCAAUGUCUUCGAUAGCGACAAGUCAGGCUCAAUUGAUUUCAAAGAGUUUAUUUGCGCCCUCAGUGUGACCAGUCGAGGAAAGAUGGAGGACAAAUUAGACUGGGCGUUUCAGCUUUAUGACAUUGAUGGAGAUGGAAAGAUAAGUUAUGAAGAGAUGUUAGCGAUUGUAGAGGCAAUUUACAAGAUGGUUGGCUCAAUGGUCAAACUUCCACCUGAUGAGGAUACCCCUGAAAAGCGGGUCAAGAAGAUCUUCCGUAUGAUGGACAAGGAUGAGAACGGCAGUCUGGAUAUGGAAGAAUUCAAAGAAGGAAGUAAACGUGAUGAGACGAUUGUGUCUGCACUUUCGCUCUAUGAUGGUCUUGUCUAA